AUGGAACAGGGCAUCACUGACUGCACCGCAUUCCUGGAUAACGACGCGUGGUUUCUUCCCGAGCCGCCGCCAGCAGGGGCAGAACUCGUCGAUGCGCCGCCGCCGGCCGACUUCGACGAAAACGGUCAAAACCCGUGUGAGCAGCUGCCUUCAUGCCAGAAGCACGCAGCAACGUCGCCAGACUGUUGCCGGCAGCAGUCUCUUCUUGGCGACCCGUUCAUGGGCUUCGAAGUGCCGCCCCUCGGUCACUUUGGGGUGGGCUUUCCAGACGGGCACUACCCAGAAACGGUUCCGGGGUCGUUUACCGCGACUGAGGUUGAGCUCGGACAGCGCUGGUCUAUUUUCGAUGACGAGCUAUUUCCAGACCCUGGCGAGGGCACCAACAAAGUUGCACCCCGGGACGAAGCGGCCGUGGAAUCGCCUUGGGAAGACGAAUGGCCGAGGGAUUUCUCAUCGGAGACACCAGAUCAGGCGGAGUUUCCACCAGAGGUAGACGAUCUACCUGAUGUUGGACUUGUUGAGAGAGCCGCUAGUAUUGAGGCUGAGUCGGUGUCGGCCGAGGAGCAUAGCGAGUGCAGCGAGUCGGCUUCGAGUUUUGACGGAGGCAAACCAGAGUCGGUGACCACUGAUGGAUGGUCUCCUACAAUUGCGGAAGACCGUGGUCUUACCCGCAAAGAGAUUAUCCAACAUGGCAUUGUUGACGAGCCUACGAGUCACACUCAGGAGCAACUUCCAUACCACAUGCAAGAGGACCUUGGAACCCAGACUGCGGAGAAGGACGAUUAUCUUUGCAAAAGUGCAGCCGAAAUCGCGCCCCGCCCGAGACAGUAUUCGCGUAAACGAAAGACGCCGAAAAGCUCCGAAUUUAUCGACCCGUGUGACAGCGACUCAGAAUACACACCUGGCGCCUGCAAGAAGAAGCAGCCGCGAAUAGCUCCUACUCCUCGGGGGCAAAAUGCCAAAACGACGGCGGCGAUACGGUCCAUGAAGGCUAAAGCAGGGCUGAAGACGGCUUGGAAUGCGCGGCCCAGAUCGUCCACCAAGCCGCGGAUCAAGUCGCAAAACGCUGCGCCGCGCCCAAGAGAGACAGAGACGCAGCAGCAAGCCAUAACCGAGUACGCGAGCUUUGCAAACAGGGCUGAGUUUGCCGCCUCGGCAACGCGGGCUCGUUUCGCCCUCCAGGCGACCGUCCUCCGCCAGGAGCUGGGCGCCGCAGGUGGUGCCGCGGAGGAGGAGGCGGAGAGGUUGGCCCUCGCGCUUCCAAGACUGGAGGAAGAGUUUGAGAGCGUGAAGGAGCGGACAAACGCGGGCAAGGACCCGGUGCGGACCGCACAACAGGCUCGUUUUGCAGACUCUGCGGGCGACGCAGUAUUUGCGAGGGUUGCGAUAGCAGCGGAGGUGCUGAUCAAAGUUGGAUAA